AUGAACCCGGGGCCGACUCUGCGCUUGGCGAGCCCAGCAGCGCCCUUAAGACAGUCAUAUUGCUUCAUUCAAAGGUCACCUGAAGACGCGCCUCAGUCUCCAUGGCAUUAUCACCUCCAUGCCUGCGAUUGUGAGUCCCUUGUCAGGUUGACAGCUGUCACAGGCCUGAGACCGGACUCAAGUGACCUUUGCGCAUGCCCUCGGCUCUCCGACCCCGAGGGGUCCUCGAGUCUGCGACAGGGCCGCCAUGCCGAUCAUUUGGCCCUCUUGACAGGCCAAUAA